UGAUAUAAAGUUUGUGUUUUCUUUUACCGGCCUCUUGAGAAGUGUGGACAAAAGCUGUUAUAACGGCGAACGCCGCCGGGCAUUACAAGAGCGAGCGGCCAUCUGUGAGCGCUAGGAACUGGCAACCCCAGCAGCUGCAGUCGCAAAACGCCCUUACAAAGCAGGACAUGCAAGCAGCUUCUGACGUCUGCGGCCACACUGCGCUAACGACGCGUACCGAAGCCGCGCAAGCGGAAACUAUGAGCUCCGAAACGCUAAAAACGGCAUCAUCCCGAGACCCAUGAGUCUCCCGGCGACGGCAUUUGGGCCGAUUACGCGUUCUCGGUCCGCUUCGACGACUAUUUACGGCGCGGAAACCAAUAAAGGACUCAUGCAGGGGCAGCCCGAUACCCCGUCAUGGCGGCGCGGAAAAGAGGCGAGCUUUUUACGAUUUUGGAAACUAGUGCGGACACAGAAGCGAACGCGGCCUCUGACGGGGAAGAGUGCCCGGUAAAUCUCCCCGUGGACGUAAAGUGGUUCGAGUUGCCUUUCAGGGAGCCCGAGUCGGACGAUGAGGAAGAGCUAGAGGAGGAAGAGGGGGAGUCCGGGCUGAGAAACACAACAGCUGCGGCGGCGGCGGCGGAAGACGCUGCGGACUCAGGCGACUAUGUAGCGGGAGGCGGCUGCAACAUUAUUUUGGUCACGGGAAACGGGAUCAAACACGACGACUACGAAGAUGAGUCCUAUUAUGCGAGCUCCAACAACUGCUCGGAGACCGCGUCAACCGAUUCGGAUAUUGAUUUUUCCGACCUGGAGGAGGAGGAGCGCCCGGACCUGUUCGGCUCGUAUGAUCUUUUAGACGACGAAUGUGGCGCUCCGGAUUUCUGGGGCGAACCCGACCAGGUCAUCUCGAUUGAGCCAUUUACCUCCGACAAUGGCCCUCAGCACUCGCUAGGGGAUGAUGCUGACACUUUGGACUAUUUCCGGUUGCUCUUCCCAGAUUCAUUGUUUGAACACAUGGUGGAACAAACAAAUAACUACGCCCUCUAUCGACAAAGGAGGAGCGGUCGAUCAGACGCCCACUGGCACCCGACUGAUGUGAGGGAGAUGCGGGCGUACGUGGGCCUCAAUGUCCUGAUGGGCAUUAAUCAGCUUCCAGAUUAUGGCAUGUACUGGGCAAGUGAUAUUUUCAUAGGCAAUGCUGGCUUUAAGAAAACAAUGACCGCCAGGCGGUUUGAGAAACUGAACCAGAACCUGCACCUGUGUGACCGGCUGUCCGAACCAUCUAAAGGCGAGCUGGGAUAUGACGGACUGUACAAAAUCCGGCCACUGCUGGACAUAGUGGGAAGCACGAUGUGGGAAGCCUACUUACCAAAUAGGUGCUUGACUAUAGAUGAGUGUGCCAUUGCCACUAAGGGGCGUUUCUCCCCAACACAGUACAUGCCCUCCAAACCUUUGCGGAAAGGCCUAAGGGUGUGGAUGCUUUGUGAUUCCCGCUCAGGCUACUGCCACCGGACGCGGCUUUAUGUGGGUAAGCCUAGCGACGAUGCAACUGCCAGCACAGUGGGCCAUCGAGUGGUUACCUCGCUGGUGAGAGGUCUGGAGAGGCGCUACCAUCACCUCUUUAUGGACAGCUUCUUUACGUCUGUGCCACUGCUACAGCGGCUCCUGCAGGAUGGCCUAUAUGCGUGCGGGCCAACCAAUCCAAAUCGCCGCGGCUACCCUGAUGCCCUCAAACCCCGCAAUGUAGGCAAGCUGUCUCCAGGUAUUGUGGGCAUAGGGCCAGGCAAGCGGGAUGGAGAAGGCAGCGAUGGGGACUGCGGCAGCCUUUCGAGCCUUGGGAUCGCUCGCCCACUCCCACUGCUUUUGUACCAGGAAAACAUGCGUGGUGUGGAUUUGUGUGACCAGCUGAGGGAGUGCUAUCAGGUAGGAAGGCCAUGCAAGAAAUGGUGGCGCUAUUUCCUAUGGUUUUAUGUCAACUUGUGCAUUGUUAAUGCUUAUAUUAUCCUCCGUGAGAGUCGCAGUGGUGCUCCGCCAGCUGGCUUUAAUGGCAAGGAGUUUACACAGCGCCACUUCCGUGUGCGCUUGGCACAGCAGCUUAUUGGGGACUACCAAGGUGCCCGCGGCAUGGAGCGGGCUGCCCGCAAGCGCCAUGCUGACUCACCCCUUGAGUACGGACACCGACUGGAGCGCAUGUCAGAGCGUUCACGACGCUGCCGGAACUGCACCAACAAAGGCCUGCGGCACGAGAGUGUUUUUGGCUGCAAGAUCUGCAAUGUGCACCUGUGUAGAGGGGGGUGCUUCAGUGAAUUCCAUAAAUAAACCUUCCUUCCAUUUUUUUUUAUUAGACUUUGUACUGUUUAUGUUAAAGUCUGCUUUCUCAUUUGGUUAUGUGACACAAUGAAUACUGAGGAUUUUGUUAUACAAAUGCAAUUGUUACAAGUACUGUAAUCAUCUUUAUAGUCUGAUUUGAUUAUUAGUUCUAGUGUCAUAGUUGUAGAGAUGCACGAAUUUACAGGAAAAUCAGCAAUUAUACAUUUACAUUAGUAUAGAGUGUUUUGUCUAACUGCCUUUCACAUUGCAGACAAAGGCUUUGUGUCACUUUUUAUAAUCCUUAAUUAAAAUGCAUUUUAUUGAGAAAUAGAAACAGACUAGAAAACCUUUGGUCUCUAACACUAAAAAUAGCAGUUACAAUUUUCUGUGAGUUCUUACGCUUUUCCAAAAUAAAUACUCAAAUAAGAAAUGCACGUAUUUUUAGUCACUUUAUUAUAUGUAUGUGUGAAAUCAUUUAUUAGGGAUAUACUAAUAAAGUCAUGAUGUAUUUAUGUACCUUGGGAUCACUUUUACACAACAGUAUGAAACUCAUACGUUACAAAUUAUCAAGGGAACACAGCUUGUAGCAGGGGCAAGGCUGAAAAUGGCUCUGUAGUCUCAGCAGAGGGACAGAUUGUAGUCGUUUUAAAAGCACUCCAGCCAUGACAGCA